GCAGCAGCCAAUAUUUUGUUCAGCUGUCAACGUAGAAAUAAAAAGUGCAUUUUUUCUUUGCGUAUUAAAUGAAGCAAUUACAGGCUAAAGUAAAAACGUAAUUAAUGACAAAAUUAUAAAAAAAUACCUGUGUAUAAGAAGAAGAAACAAAAAUUCAGGAUUAACGCCACUAAUUUGAUAUUUUACUAAGAAUAAAAGGGAAAAGAAACAAAAAUGUUUCGUAGUCGAAGUUGGUUUGGUGGAAACUGGAACCGCCCAAAGAAUCGUCUUUCAUUGGAACACCUUAAGUACCUGUACAGUAUAUUGGAGAAGAAUACUACUGUUUCCGAAAGCAAUCGUGGACUUUUAGUGGAAUCACUACGCUGUAUAGCGGAAAUACUCAUCUGGGGUGAUCAGCAUGACUCUUCUGUGUUUGAUUUCUUUCUUGAGAAAAAUAUGCUGUCCUACUUUUUACAUAUAAUGCGCCAAAAAAGCGGAGGCUCGAGUUUUGUCUGUGUGCAACUAUUGCAAACAUUAAAUAUUUUAUUUGAAAACAUACGAAAUGAGACAUCAUUGUAUUAUCUCUUGAGCAACAAUCAUGUCAAUUCAAUAAUUGUGCACAAGUUUGAUUUCUCUGAUGAAGAUGUAAUGGGCUAUUACAUUUUAUUUCUAAAGACGCUGAGCCUUAAACUGAAUACGCAUACCAUACAUUUCUUUUAUAAUGAACACACCAAUGACUUUCCACUAUAUACAGAGGCUAUUAAAUUCUUCAAUCACCCAGAAUCUAUGGUGCGAAUAGCAGUCCGCACAAUUUCCUUAAAUGUAUAUAAAGUACAGAAUGCCAGCAUGUUGCGGUUUAUUAGAGACAAAACCGCUGCGCCUUACUUCAGCAACUUAGUAUGGUUUAUAGGCAAGCAUAUUUUGGAAUUGGAUACCUGCGUAAGAACUGACAUUGAUCACCAGUCCAACCAGAGGCUUUCAAAUUUAGUCGCCGAACAUCUUGAUCAUUUACAUUACCUGAACGAUAUUUUAUUACUCGAAAUAGAUGAUUUAAAUGCUGUACUUACCGAGCAUCUGUUACACAAACUAUUCGUACCGUUAUAUAUAUUCUCACUGACGCCUGCGCCACCGCCAACCUCACUAGCAGUAGUCACACAAAAUUUAGCCGCAGUCCUAAAUCGUCCGGUCGAUAUUGAUAUACAAGAAAUUAAUAAUCCACGCGUUUCAUCGAUUGUCGCAUUGUACCUGCUAUCGCUGGUAUUCUUGGUUAUUACGCAUGCGCCGUUGGUGCAUGCGCUUGCCUGGGUCAUACUCAACGGAGAUCACAGUGUGUUCAAAGAGGGCGCUGCUGAAGUAUUAAAUGCUUAUGUGGAGCAUCGUUUAGCAGUGGUGCCGGGUUUUGGUGAGCCACGCGAAAGUCUCGAGCAAGCCUUAGAGACAGUCGGUGCCAACUCUACAAGCCAUAGCUAUGAUACUGACAACUUGAAUAUAUCUCAAGCCAGUCAAGCCAGUAGCGGCAUAGAUGUGGCUGCCGAAAAUGCAACAGGAUCCACAAAUGAGGAAUUUCCGGAAAGCGAAUUGUGUAGUAUUUCUGUAGAGACUGCUAGUGCAGCUGCGCAGGUUGUUUUAAAUAACGCCAAAUUGGCCAAUAUCACCGAUGAGGAGAAGGAAAAGAUACAGAAACUAGUGCAACCCACGCGUGCAUUUACCGAAUUGAAUCGUCCAUUCUUGGAAAUGGUUUUAUCAGCGUUGGAUUGUACAGAAAACGAUUAUCUGGCACUUUUGUCCUUAUGCCUCAUAUACGCAAUGGCUUACAAUCGGGGUGUGAAAAACGAUUGGUUCGAACAAGUACUCUCCCAAUCUGCCAAAGGACCGCAUAGCUAUAAGACGGAGCUAAUCGAGCGCUUGCUGCACAUAAUCACAUUAUCGAAUCAGCCUUCCUGCCGCAUACGUCUCAUAACCAUUGAGAUUGCGUUGCAAUUGCUUGUUACCUUUACGAAACCCUGUACGGACGAUGCUUGUAUAACAGAGGCGCAGCGUGAUGCCUUGUUUUCCGCACAUAACCAGUCCAUGGUGGUUUUGCGUAAUUUCUAUAAAUCUGAAGAUAUCUUUCUCGAUCUGUUCGAGGAUGAAUUCAAUGAGAUGCGCAAAACCAAUUUGAAUGUGGAAUUCUUGUGUAUGGAUUCGACGAUACUGCUGCCGCCCACCGGCACUCCGUUGACGGGUAUUAAUUUCACACGUCGCCUACCCUGCGGCGAAGUGGAGAAGGCACGUCGCGCCAUACGCGACUUCUUUCUGCUACGCAAGACAUGUCAGCAAUUUUUGAAUGAAAAGGAAACGCUGCUGCCGCUAACGAACACUAUGAAUCUGGUGCAGGUGGAUAAUGUGCUAGAUUUGAACAAUAGCGAUUUAAUUGCCUGCACCGUUAUCACCAAGGAGAGCACCAAACAGCGUCGCUUUCUUGUCAUAGACUCACUGCAACUAAUACUCGUUGAACCAGAUGCCAAACUCUUGGGUUGGGGUGUUGCAAAAUUCGUUGGCUUCCUGCAGGAUGUCGAGGUAGUGGGUGAUAAGGACGAUUCGCGCUGCUUGCACAUCACGGUACACCGUGGCGGCGCGACGCACAAUCGUACGCCAUUGCUGUCGGCGAAAUUUCUCUUUGACGAUCACAUACGUUGCAUGGCCGCAAAGCAAAGGCUGACGAAAGGGCGCAGCAAGGCGCGCCAGAAGAAAAUGUAUCAAAUUGCGCAGCUAAUUGAAAUUCCCGGGCAAGUGAUUGACUCACCCGUGUACGCGGUGGCUGGUCUACGCGCUGGCAGCGUUGCAAGCAGCAGUUCACGUUCAUCGCGCGAACAUCGUCCGAUAUUGUCGACGACAAGCCGUGUGCCUGGCUUUGCUGCGGCUUUAAAGCGCGACACCAAUAACAGCGGUGGUGUGUGUCGCAUGCAAAUGGCGCAGAAUCGUUCAAUUGAGGGCAUACGAAAUGAGAGCGCUGGCCGUCCGCGGCGCCGCAACUCAAAUUCCAGUUCACAUUCGUCGACAUCGCAAAAUCGCGAUGCGAACUCAUCACCAGCACGUGAACAUUCGGCGAGCAGCUCGCGUGAUAAUUCACAAAGUCGUGGCGCAACACGUUCGCGUGAUAACAGUCCGCGCAUGCCCCGACCGCGUUCUGAGGAGAUUCCACUCGAGGACUUUCAACAUUCGCGCACUAACAGUCCACACUCGCGUGCCAAUUCUUCACAUCUUAGUACACCGACGCGUGCACAUACGCCGUCACGUGCGUUGAAUUAUGAGCCCAUUACGAUAACGGUACAUAAUGGUACACCGCAUGAAACGCAUUCCGCAGCACCGCAUCAUGCAACUCAGCUGAAUGGUGUGCCAAUAGCCAAAGAAGUCUUAGUUCCCGUCGCCAGAUCCGAAGAAACAUCGUUCAUUGGCAACGAGGAUGCCUCCACGAGUGAGCAGCGACGCCGUGGCAUUAUCGAAACCGUAUAAAGCGUUGCACAGUGUUUUUAUGCUGUUUAUAUAACUGAUUAAUAAUAGACGUUGUUUGUUUGCAAGUUUGAAAUUUAGCACUUGUACAUACAUACAUACAUAAAAAUGGUAAAGAAAAUAUUAAAGAAAUUUAUGAAGUUUGUAUUAUCAACAAAAUUGAAAAAUUGCUUUCCGUGUAAUUUGGUUUUAGUUAAUAAGCUCCUCAUGUUAUAUAUGAAAAUUGUGACUAAUAUUAAUGGUAUUUGAUGACAUAAAGAUUAAUUAAAAUUUUUGGUUUGUUUAGUCUUAUAAGCUGAGUUUUAUCAAAAUAGAGUGAAAAACUAAUAAUGUAGAUUAUGAAUAUAAGAAAUAAAUUUAAAAAGUUAAAUUACUUGUUUAAACGAAAAUUCGUAA